UUCAUGUUUUUCUCAAUGCAUUGCCAAAAUGUAUAUGAUCGGGGAAAAUUAUCAGGAAUGAUUGGAAUUGAAUCGGGAGCAAAAAAAAGCAAUCAGAUUGGGAAAUAUCGCGAUCGGCAGAUACUCAAACUAAAACGAUCGGGAUCGGAUCGGGAGCAAAAAAAAAACAUGAUCGGAACAACCCUACUUUUUACUUUUACUGGAGUAGACUUGUGAAGUAGAAACGAUACUCUUACCCUGCUACUUUUGACUCGAAUCGUUAUGUUUUACUCUUUUUUACUUUUUCUUUUCCCAGUGAUGCCCACAGUGGCUCUACCAGUUUCACCAAUGAGACGUCCCAACAAUACCAAUCAGACAUAACAAUACAGUCACAUGACUACACACAAUCUUACAGUCGCAAGUCCUAUGAUCACGCCGGCUUGUUCAAUCAAGUGGCGUCUUUAAAGUAUGUAAAGUAAUUCACAUAGAGCGUUGCCUUCCAUGUUACCCAAAAGCCCGGACUUCAACCUCUCUUCCAGUUAUUAUUUUGCGCUGACAGAGCACGGAAAACCGGAGAUGCGAUCGUUUCAAUUUCAUGGUAGAAAAUGUUUUAUCCACCAGAGAGCACUCAUGCUCUUGGGACAGGUGAAGUUUCAUUUUUGUAGGUUUUUCUAGUCGUAAUUUGGUGAUUUUUGUGGAUUUGUUUGGCCAAAUACAGUAAUGUAAUAGUUUAUUAUCUGAUAGUCUAAUAAUAAUAGUUUAUAUAAAUGACAUGCUGAGCAAAAAAACAUACCACUGUUAUUAUAAUACAUUCCAGACAUUUCACUGAAUACUUUUUUUUACUUGUACUUGAGUAAUAUGAUUUUGAAGUAUGUGAGUAAAAUCUUCUGGCUAUUCUAUCAACCUCUGGUAAAGGAUGCUAUCAUUCAGAUGAUCAUCAAAUGUGAUUGCCUUAAAAGUUUGCUCAAAGGUUUUGGAUCUGUGGACUAGUACAUGAUCUUGGUUUUCCAGAUGUAUGUUAAGCUUGAGGCAUUGGCGGAGUAUGACUUUUGUGGCAGGGGAGUCAAAACGUGUUGAUGACCCUGAAACGCAGUGUCAGCAAUAAAAUUAACUUACAAGAUAUAUGCUCCGAUAGUAGCUUAGCCCAUGCUCGUAGAUACUGGCAUCCCAGCUGUUUGUGUGUGUGCGUUUUCUGUCUUACCUAGUGAAGAAGCCGCAUCCUUUUUGACUCAAUAUUCCAGCCAGAAUCGGUCCUCAGAGGGUUUUGGCUAAGAAAAGGAAAUGGCUGUCCCUAAGGUGCUAGUCACAUGAUGUAUUUGAAAAAUAAUUUUGACCCAUUAUAUACAGUAAAUAUUUUUUUUUCAUUUCAUUCAUUUUUUUGUUUUAUUGCUUUACAAAUUUUAUAGACAACAUUUUACCGGCAAAGUCUUAAUUUUAAAUUUAUAUAUAGGAAAGUCAUUUACAUGCAACGACCUUUUCGGCGACCAGGGGGGCUAAACCCCCCCCCCCCCCCCAAUCUCCGCUUAUGGUUUGAGCGUAAGACCUAAAAAAAUCAUUAUGGAUGCUAACAUAUAACCACGAGGCAGCACAAUGCAAGAGGUAGACUGUGAGUAGCGUUACUGUCCACUCUUACCGAACGGACACCAUGUUGGGAGGGGAUACCGAAUAGCCGAAAUGGAGGAAGUGGGAACGUAGGAAAGAUUAUAACUUGUGUACGAUUGAGGGUGCAAUGUUUCACGCUACCAAAGGCUCAGAUCUGUUGGCCAUAUUUUUUUUCCCAAUCAUCCGAAGGGCAUAAUUUGGUAGAAAGUUGUCUAUGGAAGUGAGCAACAUCUGAUUUUCUGUGGUUCAACGUGUGAGAGAAUUUUAUUCAUGCUUAAAACACAACCAUUAUACAUCAUAUUUUGUAUGCUUUUGUUAUGCUUGCAUGAGAACAUUGUAGCAUUAAUCUGUUGACUGUGCCUCCCCAUAGCCUUCACAAUAUGCCCAAAUAUGGACUGUCAUGGACCGGUGCUCAAGGUCUCAGCUCAAAGAUGUUUUUGUAUGGAAAACUACCCAGUCACAAUUCCGAAAGGGCCCUAUCUUCAAAGUCCAACCGAACUGUAUUUACUGGUCCAGGAGCAAUGGCCAGGCUCUCUCACUUCUUCUACAUGCUGCGCAACUGGACCUUCCACAGAAUGAAGCCAAAGGUACCAGAAAGAAACGAUUCCUUCCUGGCACGCUUCCGGGGCCCUGAGCUCAAAGAUGACUCCGGUUGCGAGAGCAAUGUCCUGUCCCUGGGCCACAAUGGACGGAUGCACAGAAAGAAUCUUGCCAGUAAGUGGCCGCUUGCUAAUUACAACAUGAAUAACUGCAACAAUACAGACAACAAAAAGGAAGACAAGAAAGAGGAGAUUAAAAAAGACGACAAGGACGAAAAGAAAGAUGAGAAAAAGGAUGAGAAAAAAGACGAGAAAAAAGAUGAGAAGAAGGAUGAGAAAAAGGAUGACAAAAAGGAUGAUAAGAAGGAUGAUAAAAAGAAAGAGGAACCCCCGAAGGAGGUCUGGAUCAUGGACCCAGCUACAGACCUGUACUACAGGUGGCUCACAAUCAUCGCCGGCCCAGUGUUUUACAACCUGAUAAUGAUUGUUACCAGGGCUUGCUUCAAUGAACUCCAGGACCGCUUCACAAAACUUUGGGUGUUCUUAGACUACACCUCAGACUUCAUCUACUACACCGACACCUUUGUCAGAUCAAGGACAGGUUACUUGGAGCAAGGACUGCUGGUGAAGGAGGCCACGAAGCUGAGAGCCAAAUACAGGACCACGUCGCAGUUCAAAUACGACAUGAUUUCCAUGAUCCCCACGGAUCUGCUGUUUCUGAAGUAUGGAUUCAACAACCCUGAGUUCCGAUUUAACCGUCUCUGCAAAAUAUCCAGGUUGUUUGAGUUCUUUGAAAGGACUGAGACCAGGACCAGCUUCCCUAACAUGUUUCGCAUUAGCAAUCUUGUACUCUACAUCCUGGUCAUUAUCCACUGGAACGCCUGUAUGUUCUUCGCCAUCUCAAAGACAAUCGGUUUCGGCUCGGACACUUGGGUGUACCCCAACAUCAGCCAUCCGGAACAUGGCCGCCUUGCCAGGAAGUACAUCUACUCCCUUUACUGGUCCACACUGACCCUUACUACCAUCGGAGAGACACCUCCACCAGUCAGAGAUGUGGAGUACCUCUUCGUCAUUGCGGAUUUCCUCACUGGCGUACUGAUCUUUGCCAGUAUCGUCGGUAACGUCGGUGCCAUGAUCUCCAACAUGAAUGCUUCUCGUGCCGAGUUCCAAGCCAAGAUCGACUCCAUCAAGCAGUAUAUGCAGUUCCGUAAGGUCACCAAAGACCUGGAGGCUCGGGUGAUCAAAUGGUUCGACUACCUGUGGACGGAGAAGAAGACCUGUGAUGAGAAGGAGGUUCUAAAGAAUCUGCCUGACAAGCUCAAGGCUGAGAUCGCCAUCAACGUCCAUCUUGACACGCUUAAGAAAGUGCGCAUCUUCCAGGACUGCGAGGCAGGACUUCUUAUCGAGCUGGUGCUCAAGCUGGAGCCUCAAGUCUUCAGUCCUGGGGACUACAUCUGCAAGAAGGGUGACAUCGGCCGGGAGAUGUACAUCAUCAAAGAGGGCAAGCUAGCGGUGGUGGCCGAUGAUGGCGUCACACAGUUUGUGGUGCUCAGCGACGGUGCAUACUUUGGGGAAAUCAGCAUCUUGGGCAUCAAGGGCAGCAAAGCCGGGAACCGAAGAACCGCCAAUAUCCGAAGCGUGGGUUACUCAGACCUUUUCGCCCUGUCAAAGGAUGACCUGAUGGAGGCGCUGACUGAGUACCCGGAAGCCAAGAAAGCCUUGGAGGAGAAGGGCAAGGCCAUUUUGAUGAAGGACAACCUGAUCGACGAGGCUGUGGCUAAUGCCGGAGCCGACCCCAAAGACAUGGAGGAGAAGCUGACCAGGCUGCAGGACAAUCUGGAUGCCAUGCAAACCAAGUUCGCCAAGCUCAUGGCCGAGUUUACCUCCAGCCAGACGCGCAUGAAGCAAAGGGUCAGUCAAAUGGAGGCCCAGGUGAAGGCUGUCAAACCUGAGGACCUGUCGGAAGUGGUGGCCGACAAAGACAAGAAGGUUCAGUGAAGAAGGACUUUACAUGGAGAGAAAACCUUUCGCAUUAGAAGUUUUGUUAUCUCUUUAUACAUCGGUCCAAUCAUGUACAGACAAUCCCAAUGAAUGCUGCGAAUAGCGAAAAGUAAUUGACGGACAGACAAAAAGGUUUGUAUUGUCAGUUGAAAUUGUUAGAUACGCAGUAAUCCAGAUCAAGGGGGGGUGUUGAUGUUUCAUACUGUAUAUAUGAAUGUAUCAAAUAUUUAUGUACGUUACAUUAAGAUGUCUCACUGUAUUUGUCUACAUCAGGGAUGCCCGAGUCCAGGCCUCGAUAGCCCCAACCAGCUUGUUUUCCAUGUCUCCCUCCUUUAACACACCUGAAUCAAAUGAUCAGCUCAUCAGCAAGCUCUGCAGGAGCCUGAUAAUUAUCCUGAUUAUUUGAUUCAAGUGUGUUGGAGGAGGGAGACAUGGAAAACAAGCUGGAUAGGGGCUCUCGAUGACCGGACCUGGGCACCCCUGGUCUACAUGGUUGUUUUGUAGAUAAAAUAAAACUUUACAACAUAUUUCUUGCUGUAUUUUACACUGUUGAAUGGUAUUAUCCCUAAGGAAAUGGUAGGCUAGCUAACUCGACGUUAACUAGUAAAGUUGCCUAGUUGACCGAUCAGUUUACCCCAAUGUAGUCAGCAGUUCUCAAAGAGGUUGCUGCAAUCGAUGCGGACCGAAUCCAGGGUCAACUUCUUGAAGAUCUGUGGUUCCACUGGGUUGGUACCCAAGGUCCAUUCAGGCAGUGAAUUUAGCGUCUCUGCAAAUUCUUCUUCCUCGUUCUCUUCUUCAACCACGCCUUCCUUCUCCUCGGCCUGGUGUCUGUCUGGUGUGCGAUCGUCAGUCGUUGAAUUUGAGUCCAAUGAGAUUUGAGUUUGCUCAGAGCUAUCCAAGUCGCGGGAGUCACUCUUUAUGUAAAUAGUGAGGGUCUUCCGAAGUAUUGAGGGAUUGUUUGAUGGAGAGCCCGCCUCCUCUGUGUGCUGAUUGGACAGCUCCUCCGGGCUUGUGAUGAUGCUGAUGAUGGGUUCUUCCUCCUCGGUUGCAACGGCUUCGCUCUGCUGGAAUUGCGGCUUCAUUUUACCCUAUACCGUACAGCGGUGGUCUGGUUAAGAAGAAAAAACAGCCAUAGACUUCACAAUCAGUUGACGAGACAGCUCCUACAGGCAUUGCGCCAUAGCUUCCCGCAGGGGGCCGGGCCAGGCAGAGUGUUGUGGCAGCUUUCACUGCGAUAAACUCAAACACACACGUGUUCUAACGCCGGAUUUAGGUGGAAACGGAAACAGGACUAAAGUUUUAGUGCAUACAAGCAGGCAGGAAUGUCUCAAGAGUGAUUUGGUCGAGGAUCAAGAUAGUUAUUAUAUAAAAUAGCACCAUGCAUGCACAUUGAAACAGUGUGAAAACAAUGAAAUGAAUGGAAAAAUGAGCGCAACUUUAGCUCUAAAUAUUUACGCAAAAUGAAUGAUAAAAAUUAAAGAUGAUCGAUCGGGUCCGAUCACGUCAUUUUCAAAGU